AUGUCGAACGAGCCCCUCCUUUCGCAGAACGCGGGCCCGCGUUCCGAUGAGGACAUCAAGGAGGAAAACAGUUCUUUGCCUUUCCUAGUCUCCUACGUUAUUCUCGGCGCCUUGAUUUUGGUCAAUUACGUCACAGUCGGUGUGUACCUCAACAAAACCUACCCGCUCGGGAACAUCGUGAAUCCGAAGCAAACGGGCGCGUUCAAUCUUUGGGGAGCCAUCUACGACGACGAUAACAAAGGCUUGCUGGCUGUCUACUACUGCGGCUUCGUGGUCGCAACGGUCGGGUACUUGCUCAACAUCAACUACGUCUUCCGGGUACACCGAACCAUGCCGCGGGACCUCUACUACCGCCUCUGCGGGUCCAUGCUGGUGUUCAUGAUCACCGAGCACAUGUGGAUGCCGUUGUGUGCGGUGUACAUCGGGAACCCAACCUCCGCACUCUGGUGGGUGAUUUUCUGGCAGCUGAAGGUAUCCGCACUCGCCAGUAUCUUCGUGGCCGUGUGUCUGUUCAAGAUCCCGCACCCAAACCCGAAGGCCAGUGAUCUGGUGCGGAACCUCGGUCUGGUAGGGAGUAUCAUGUUCGCCGCACACUGCACCGUGCUCGACGGCGGAAUCUGGAGUUUCUACUUUACCGCGGGCGGGGGACGGUUUCCACCGCCGACGUAAGCUACGGUGUGUGAGCGAGCUACGUCUACUUACUUAUUUUGUGCCCGCGCGAUCGCGCUCUGCAGUGAAGAGCCUUGUCGAUCUGAUGAAAGGAGCCGCAACAAAUUUAUAAAGUUAUGAUUCAACUAGAACUAUGGAGUUUUGAGAUUUGUGAUGCAGCUCAGCGGUACAAGUUUUUUGUGCUACUGUGUACUACAGGGAGCUGCUCUUGCAAAUCGCAUCC